AUGAGCAGUGAGGCAGAAAAGUCGUCAAAUACCUUUAAUCUCUCGGGGUUCUCAUCCCUUUUACCAAAGGACACUUCCAAACCUUCUACCAACACAUCACAAACAAAACCAACAACAACAGCAACAACAACAACAACGACGACGACGACGUCAAACAUAAACAAAGCAACUACAUCCCAUCAAAUUGAUCCCAAAUCAAAGAGCGCAGUAAAGCCAGAGCCUGGAAAGGAAGGCAUGGCAGCUCAAUUUGAAGACAUUUAUCUAAAAAUGAACCAUGAUCUCAAAAAGUUGGAGGCUAAACAACAAAAAGUAUCAAAGCUUACAUUUAAGGACGCGGAAGGAAGUAAGAAGACAUUGGAAGAUUUAAAGAAUGAAAAUACCAACUGGACCUUGAAUGAUGUGGACGUACUCAGUAAAAUGAUUGAUAGUUUGACUACAAGUGCUCAAGAUUAUCAACCAGAAGCUGAGAAAUUAAUACAAGUGAUACAGGCCAUGGCUACAGAAUCAUCAAAGUUUUUGGACAAGAAAGAAGACAUAAAGACUCUUUUGACUGACAGCCAAUGUGAGUCUUCAAACGAGAUAUUGAAGAAUAGAAAAUUGGACCCAGAGUUGAAGACGUCGCUGGCUUCUUUGGAAACCAAGUUCAGGGAUAUUGAAGGAACAAUGAAUGCGUUAGAAGUUGGUGUAUUAGAAGAAAUGAAACGUAGUAGAAUACAAGAAGAUGAUAUGUUAACUUAUUAUUCUGUCAACCGAAAAAUCUGUGAUAUUCAGAAGGAAAUCUCUGAAAGAGAUAAUGACAUUUUACAACUGGAAGAGAAGGUAGCAGAGAUUAAACUGAAAGAGAGCAGCAGAAAGGCGUAUGAGUCAUCAAGUGGUUUUGCAUGCAUUGAUUUAAGUGAUGAAGAAGAAGAAGAAGACCUAUCUGAUACUAUACAAUAUACCACAAAAUACAUUCGACGCUUUAAUUUUCUCCAUACUCUUUAUGAAGCAUCAACUCAAAGACAACCCAUAUCUUAUAAAAAACACGAAUAG